GGAAACCGGUUUGUUUUCUUCCUGUUUCUUACGUGUUUCACUAGAAAAGGACAUCGCAUGCUACCGAAAUGUAUCCACGGUUUAAGUCUCAGGAUGGCUACAUUGUGCUUUGCCAUUAUGUACGUUACUCAAAAAUAAUCGGAUUAGUUUGACCCGCACGUGGUAGUAUUUUUUUAUAAAUUAUUUUCACGUUCAAGGGCAAAUUCUGUUUUCACCACAUCAUUGUCUGAGUCAGACAUUAGAUUUAUUCCGAUAUUUCGCCGAAUAAGUAUUAUUGAUCUAACACAUUGAUUGCAAUUAUGCUUAAAACAUUUUUAACCGCCUGUCGCGGUCCUGUGCUCUUCGUGGGUAGGGGUUUCAGUAGUGACGUUAGCGUUGGAGUUUCCAAAUUAGCCGGAUUCUCCAGUCCAACACUUUCAUCCGAGGCUUCACUCUAUGUACAUUGGCCGUACUGUCUGAGGCGGUGUUCCUAUUGUAAUUUCAACAAGUACAUCCCUCGUUCUGACAACCAGGACGUCAUGUCGGAGUGUCUUCAGCGGGAGACUGAGACCCUGUUGCGGCUGAGCCACGUUUCCCGUGUCACCUCUGUGUUUUUUGGAGGUGGGACUCCCAGCCUGGCCCGCCCGUCAACCAUUGCAGCUGUCCUGGAGACGGUUGCUAGGCAUGCUGCCCUAUCAGAGUCAGCUGAAGUCACUCUUGAAGUCAACCCCACCCCCAUUCUAAGCUCUAAGUUACAGGACUUCCUUCAUGCUGGGGUCAAUCGCUUCUCCAUCGGUGUACAGUCUCUCCAGGAUGAAGACCUUAAGGUUCUAGGCAGAGACCACACCUCCCAGCAUGCUUUGGAAACAGUAGGAGAGGCUCGUGCUCUCUGCCCGGGGAAGGUAUCGGUGGAUGUAAUGUUUGGACGUCCUGGUCAGAGCAUUGCAUCCUGGGAAUUGGAGUUGGAUGAGCUGCUGUCAGUGUGUGACGACCAUAUCUCCCUGUACCAGCUGACUUUGGAGAGAGGCACACAGCUCUUCAGCCAGGUCCAGAAAGGACAACUGAGUGUCCCUGGUGAUGACAUCACAGCCAUCAUGUACGAGUCUGCCAGGAAGAUUCUUCAGAAGAGAGGCUAUCUGCAGUAUGAGGUGUCCAACUUUGCCAAAAAUGGUGCCAUCAGCCAACACAAUAUGAGCUACUGGAAAGCUAGUCAGUACAUUGGAGUGGGCCCGGGUGCCCAUGGUCGUUUUAUCCCUCACGGAGAGGGAGCUUGCCGAGAGGCCCGUACCCAGACUCUGGAGCCUGAAGUGUGGGUCCGAGAGGUGCAGCAGAGAGGCCACGGAACACGACGGAGGAUACCACUUCAACACCUCGGGCAAUUGGAGGAAGUGCUAGUGAUGGGACUCCGCUUGAUUGACGGCAUCACUCACCAGCAUUGGCAGUUUUUCAGUCCGGGAGCAGAUCUGCAUCAGAUCUUCAGCUCAUCCUGUGAAGUACAAGACCUUCAGCAGAGAGACCUUCUCAUCCUGGAUAACAGGGGCCUGCGGUGCUCGUGGCAGGGACUUGCCUUCCUGGACAGCAUGCUGCCCAACCUGCUACUGCAGCUGGAGGCCCACAUCACCCGGGGGCAGGAAAUGGACAGAAAGAGACCACCUCAAAGCCUGGGUGACAAUAACUGAGAGACCCUGCAGACAUCUGGCAAAAGAGACCACCUCAAAGCCUGGGAGACAAUGACUGAGAGACCCUGUAGACAUCUGGCAAAAGAGACCACCUCAAAGCCUGGGUGACAAUGACUGAGAGACCCUGUAGACAUCUGGCAGAGGUAGUUUAUGUGCAGUUUCAAUCUGCUCCGAGUUUGGGUGACGGAGGACCUCCGAGCCUUUCUAAGAUAGAACAAGCAGAGUUGGCUGGUAAUGGCCAUGCAGACUCCUGAUCGUUGGCUGGGUUGAAUCCCAGUCACGACUAACCUUGAUGCCACAAUGAGCAUAGAAGUUUCCAUAUUUACUAGCUGAGCGUGUGAUAUUACAACAAUGGAAGCUGGAAUCAAUACCUACAUUCAACAUGUAGUUAAAAGCCCUUGCCAAUGUACUUCAUUUGGAAAAUGUAGAUCUGUCAUAGUUUAGCCAAUUAGAGUUCAUUGAGGAGAACUUUAUUUUAAUAUUUAUUGCCUAUAGUCAUUAUUAUUGCCUUAUGCUGUCAAUUGAUAUACAGUGUUGUCACACCACCCUGUUAGUUUGUUUGUCUGUUGUUAACCACAA